AUGUCUUUCCAAUCCAUCAAGAACUCUUUCCGUUUCGUCAACACCGUUUCAAGACCUUCAUCUCUUNUCACUCGUCAAUUCCACGCAAGAACUACAAUGGCUGCUCAAGUUCCUUCUUCGCACGACAUCUCGGCUGUCGCCAAGGACGAGAACGGUCCCGUCAAGGGCUCCGAGUCCGCUCAGAUGCAGAGCCAGGUCGGCAAGGUUCAGAACUUCGAGAACGCUGCUCAGGAUGUCCUCAGCAAGAUGCAGCAGGACCCCAGCUCCAUCUCCGCCGACGACGCCAACUACCUCAAGUCUCGUGAGGCUCGCGCCACCGGUCAGGCUCAGCCUCCCAAGGACAGUGUCUCCGCCGAUGCUCAGCGCCUCGCCUCUGCCAACGAGAAGGGUACCGCACCCAAGACUGGCCCUCUGGACCCUGCUGAGCAGUCCCACCUUACUAAGGAGCGCAACCUCGAGCAGGCCGUCAACCAGGUCGGCUCCAAGGACCCUUCGCAGAUCACUCAGGACGAUGCCAACCUCCUUCACAGCCGCGAGCAGCGCGCUCACGGCCACACUGAGAAGGGCGGUGUUGCCUCUCAGGCUCAGUCCAUCGCCACCGAGAACUCUCGCUCGUAA